AUGGCACCUGCAUCUUUCGCGUCUGCUGCAGCAGGAACCAACGCCAGCUCCUCGCGGGCAGAUUCGGGCGGAGACUGGCCUCGACGCACGAAUGGUGCCACGCAAACAUUCCGCCGACCCUCACAUGCACCAACCCUCUCCGGCUCCACAGCGCAGACCUCUUCCCGCGACGUCAGCGCCACCCAAAACACAUCAGCCUCAGUCCCCGGCGUAUACGUGCCGCCACAUGCUCAGUCCGGCCGCUCUGGCGAGGGCCGGUACGCUCGAGACCAGAUGAUCAACCUUUUCCGGUCGCAUCGGGAGUUGGAUGAGUUGAGGGACGGCCUCUCGGAUCUCUACGUUGGCAACUGGGAACCGAACAUCACGAAUGGUACCUCCGGCUCCAAUUGGGGCCGGAAGGACGAUCAUGGUAGGGAGGGUCAAGGCGGGGUCGACCUGUGCUGGGAUAGGGACGGGAACGUUCUACCGCUCAGUCUAUCCAACCUGAGUGAGGAUGAGAGAGAGGUGUUCAACUCAUCCGUCAACUCACCUCUGAAACCGCCCGCGCAGAACACGAACAAGGACGGCACACCGAAAGAAGGGCUGUCCCUACGCAAGACCUCUAUCUCGACAAGCGGGCCGUAUGGCGUGUCAUCCCCCACCAGCGCUCGGCCAGGUACCCGUCGCCGUGACACGGGCGAUGCCUUUCCGUUCCCCUCGAGCGGGCUAGCAUCGCCGUCAACAUCUAGGUUCGCAAGAGAGGAGUCAAGCGCUGUGACCCCACCGCCAGCUUUGGUGCGACGGCGUACUGACUUCAAGGAACAAGCUCCCUCGACUGAGGAACGUGACAAGGACAAGAACGCAGCUGAAAAUGCUGGUCUGCUUGGAACUCUGAAGCGCACAGCGACUGGAGGGUUGGGUUCGAGUAACGCUAAUUCCCCGUGGAGUGCCGCGCAAAGUGGCGGCUUUUCACCAAUGGGCGCGUUUGGUAGCUUCGUAGCUCCCCAAUCUGAAAAGAAGCCGGGGUUUGGAAGCGUUCGCGGCGAGAGCAGGUUCAAGGGUCUCAUGAAUAAGGGUAGUCUCGAGGAUGUCGGAAAGGGUCCGGCGGAGAAAGCGUCUUUGGGGAACCUUGGAGCCGUCACCGAGGCCGAUCCAUCUUGGACGGAUACUCGUUCGAAUCGACCGACCAGUCACGACACCGACCCUUACGCUGAGGACGAUCUCCGUACUGGAAGUGCAGCUUUGGGCGGUGGACAGGACCUGAGCCCUCCUCGCCAGCAGGGCCAAGGAGCCUUCGGGACGCCUCAACGGCUAGAUGCUCGUGAUGAUACUGGUUUUUCACAUUUUGGCAUGACCGCAGAUAACACAGGCUUGCGCGACAUCUUCCACGGAAGGGACAAUUUCGCUCAUCAAACGCCGCACCACCGCGGUGGAGAACGCCACGAGCCCAUGAGCCCGACGGACACGAACCCAUUUGCGAGUCCCGACCAUGUUAGACACGAUCAUCAUGAAGAUGCAGAUUCGGAUGGAUCUGAGCCGCAGAACGCUCAUUAUCCUGGGAUGGGUAGCUUUCAGGUGGAUCACCAGGCAGGAUCUGGUUUCCACCAACACCAAUUCGGCGGUCUUGGAGGCCUUGGAAGAGUACCUGGACCCUUUGAGGUUGCGGCAAGUGAUCGUAGCCAGACUUCAAGCGUAGGACCUUCACGUGGAUUUCCUACGCUUCCAGGUUUGGGCGGUCUACCGGGGCUGGGCGGUGCAUCUGCGUGGUCUACUGGCCAGCCAUCCAUCGGCACACCCGUUCAAGAACGUGGUUUAAGAGGCGGUCUGGAUGGCCUAUUUGGAAACGUAGGAGAAGCACAGUCGCCGAGUUUAGCAGGGCUUGGCAGCAGCUCACUUUUUGGCUCCGGCCACGCUGGAACGUUCGGUCGGUCGAGUAAACUAGGCUCUCUUUUCCCCACUGCUAUGCAGGAACAGAUGCGGACGGGCGAUCAAGGACGACCUCUUGACGACAACUCCAGCCAAGGGGAUCGUCAACAGAGCAUGACCGGGACCUUUGGGCGUGGCGCUUUCGGUGGUCAAGGUUCUGGCAGUGCUUUGCCCCCUCGCGAUACCGAAAGCCCAUUUCGAAGCGGUCGUAACCUAUUUGACGACUUCUCAGGAGGUCAUCAUGAGGAUUCAAUUGGGCCCGGGUUCGGCCCAUCCUCAGCCACUAACUCCUCUAACCUGCCCACGACUUCUUUAUCGAUGGCUGCGCUAAAUCAGACCCGAACGGCACACCCCUCAGCCCAAACUCCUGGAAUCAAUAGUCCAGCAUCGAACAUACCUCCGCCUCCCCAGCAACGCACGAUGGUCAUGCCAGAUAGGAUGCGGUGGAUCUAUCGUGAUCCUUCGGGAGGUAUACAAGGCCCUUUCUCUGGACUGGAGAUGCACGAUUGGUACAAGGCAGGUUACUUUUCACCUGAGUUGUUAGUGAAGAAGCAGGAGGAUCCAGACUACGAACCCUUGCUGCAGCUCAUCCGUCGCAUCGGAAACUCUAGGGAACCUUUCCUUGUGCCUCAAAUUGGGAUACCGCACGGCUCUCCAUCUUCUACAACCGCGCCAGGAACUACUUGGACAGGAAAUGCCCCUGCUGGCCCGAAUGGAGGCGCCCAGCCACCAUUUGCUAACUCAUUUCCAAGCUUUGGUACCACGUUGACCGCCGAGCAACAGAAUGCGCUUGAGCGCCGAAAGCAAGAGGAACAAUACCUGAUGGCCCGCCAAAAGGAACAUCUUGCUGCGCAACAAGCGCUGGCCAAGCAGCAGAUGGGAUUAGGUUCGCACGGCAUCCUGCCCCAUCAGCUUCAACACCAUUCCAGUGCACACAGUCUUCACAGCCAGCCAAGUUAUGGUAGCAUUACUUCUCCCGGCGGCUACCAACCGUCUCCCGGUCAAGGACCCCUUCCUGGUGGUGCGGCUGUCCCCGGUCUGCUCGACAACGCUUUUAGACCGACGCCCGUCCCCGGUCUAGGACCCAUUGGUCCCAACGUUGACGCGCUGGGGAAUAUUCGAGAGGAAGACCUGACUUCAGUGAUGGACCGACUCAACCUUGGCCGCACUGCUCAGCCGUCCUUUGGCGGUGCUCCACCUCAAUUUGGUCAGCAACAGCAGGACUCCAACGCGCAAGCUCAACAAGUUGUUCAAAUGCUUAAUGACCGUGCCCGUCUCCAGCGUGAACAAGCUGAGCAUGACGCCCUGCAGCGACUUGCCCCCAACGAACGACAGGCUGCUCAAGCAUCUGCAGAUCGAUUGCAACAAUUUCAGGACCUUAGGGUACAGACCGAUCUCGGACAGUCUACAGUUCUGCCUCCCCCCGAGGGCGUGAUUGGAAAACCAACUGCUUCUACUGCCGAGCAUUCCAGUCUGGACUCUCAACCGGAGCAUGCGCAAGACAAGAUAGCACACCCGACACAGUCAGAUGAGCUAACUGCUACACAUUCUGAACCUCUAUCUUUGACUGAACAAGUUCAGAAGGCGGCUUCGGCUAAGCAAACGCCCCAACCUCAAUCGGCUUGGAAUAAGGUCGAGCCAGCGAUCCAUCCUUUCCCUCCGCCGCCAUCUCAGUCGCCGCUCCCUGCACCCGCGGCACAGAGGAAGCCCAUAGUCGCUGAUUCACUUGCGGGAGAGUCACGAUCUCGUUCUGAAACGCCUUCAGCAGACACUCCUAGCGCAUCGAUCGCCCCAUGGGCCAAGGAGCCAUCAGAGGCACCUCGCGGCCCUUCGCUGAAGGAGAUCCAAGAAGCGGAGGCUCGGAAGGCUGCUGAACGCGAAGCAAUUAUCGCCGCAGCUCGUCGCGAAGCCUAUGAGAAGGAACUGGCCGCUCAAGCUCAGGCUUCAGUGCCUCAACCUGGCCUCCCCUCCAGCUCUACAUGGGCAAGCGGAGCUUCGCCUGUAACGCCUGGAGCUGGAGCUGGAAACGCAUCCGCCUGGGCCAAGCCACUGGCCGGCAAGACGCCUGGCCAAACAACUGCUGCGGGGAAGAAGACGCUUCAGCAAAUUCAGAAGGAGGAAGAGGCUCGCAAGCAGAGAGCUGCCGCUCAAGCCACUGCGAACGCAUUCAGUGCUGCCACACAAAGCCUAGCCUCCGGAAAGCGAUAUGCCGACCUUGCCAGCAAGCAGUCAGCUGCUCCCCCUCCAGCGGCUGCUGGUGGCGCCUGGACCACUGUGGGAUCUAGUGGUAAGGCCAAAGCACCAAUUGCUUCACCCGCUCCUCCGCCUGCCGUUCGGUCUGCCAGCAGCAGUGUGGUUCCAGCUGUGAUUAAGAAGCCUGCCGUGACCCGUAGCACUACGAGCGGUCAAGCUAGUGGACAAGCCAAUGCUCAAGAGGAGUUCAAGAAAUGGGCUGUCGCAGAGGUUCGCGGUGAUCUCAACAAGAGCAUCAAUGCCGAGGAAUUCAUUGCUUCACUGCUCACCUUUCCGCCUGAACUCGAGCUCAUCACAGAAUCAGUUCACGCCGCUACCCAUAACAUUGAUAGCCGUCAUUUCGCCGAAGAGUUUUUGCGCCGCCGUAAGUUGGCCGACAAGGGCAUCAUCGAUGAGCGUAACACGUCAAGCCCGGCAGAGAAUAAGUCUGGCGGCGGAUGGAGCGAGGUCGCUAAGAAGAGCAAUACAAGUGCACAGCAGCAGCAGCAACAACAGAGCACGCUCGACAGUGGUAACUUCAAGGUCGUUGCUGCCAAGAAGAAGGGCGCGAAGCGCUAG